AUGUUUACCUAAGACACAACACACGGAUAAGCAAGGCGCAAACCAUACAUGUAUUUGAUUAGUGCGGCAGGCCUCAGAGCAUAGGUGGACGGUCAACUAAGAGACACACACACACACACACACACAGGCCUAUGCCACCACGCACACACAUACAGAAGGAAAACAGAACAUUAUAAGAAUAAUAAAAGGAGUAUUAAGAUAUUAUAAGGAUAAUAUAAUGAUAUUAUGAAGUAGGGAGUACAGUAAAACACUUGCAAGCAGUAUAACCAUAUAUAUAUAACAGAAAUGUAGAGCAAAUAUAAAAGGAAAUUGUAAACCAGAAAUACAGAAAAAUGUGAAAGAAACUUACUCAUAAUAUACUUGGAGGUGGGGAAGAGUGUCGUCUCACGAGAAAAAGUCAGGAGUAAUACAGACGGAGGCCUUCAUUUUUAAGAGAGAACCAAGAGGGACCAUUUAUAAGGGUAGUUGAGUCACGUUGCACCCGCGAGAUAACUGUGAGACCAAGGUCUCUCCGAAAUGUUGUGUCUCGUACCUCUUUCAAACCUAUUGGUGUUCGGAAAAGGCUCUUUUCAAAACAUACUGGUAAUUUUGAUAAGCCCUUUCUAAAACAGAAUGGUAAUUUUGAUAAGCUCUUUCUAAAACACAUUGGUGUCUGGGUCAUCCUGACCCUAAGAAAACUGUAUAAAUAGAAGAGCUUCAGCUCUGGUUUUUUAGAUCGCAUUUUGGGGCGCCUCAAACUGUGUGGAUCUCGUGUGGUGGAAUGGAACGAAUAAACCUGGUUCCCCGCAACCCAGUAGGAUAAGCAGUAUAGAGAAUGGAUGGAUGGAUGGAUGGAUGGAUGUAGGACCAUUCACAUGCAAUACAAAGCAAUUCACAAGUGUAGAAGCUCCAAGCUGAACUAGAGCAUCAGGAUCCAGAGGGCCAGGAGAUCCACAGCAGUACUGGUGUCAGGAUCAGGCACUGGCAUCAGGGCAAAUAAAAAUGAUAGUAAUCAAUUCUAAAUAAAGGAAAAGACUCUUUAACAACAAUAAUAUUAUUAUAAAGAAAGUAGAAAAAUGAAGAAUACGUGUUCCUGUCGGUUUGGCUUUCCAUUCCAGUUCAAUGGAAAGAUAAUUGUUUGCUUAAGCAUUAAGCUGGGCAGGUGCAGGGGCUGGCUGUAGGAAAGCAGCAGGCUGAGCACUUCAGGACUAUUUUCCUGCUUUCAGGGUGGAACUGUAGCGAGGAAACCUUUAUGUUUAUCUGUAUAGCACCUAUUUUGUUUAGAGACUGAACAAUAGAUAUUUGGCUCCCGUGACUUUAAGUGUGAGAUGUGUAACGUUAACAAUGAAAACAUGAACCUGACUGACCACGAACCCCGCCUAUUCAGGACGUUUGUUUUCGACGUUUAUUUUGGAUCAUAUUCCUGAGUGAAAUGUUCCUGUAAAACCGUGAAAUACGAAUAUUUCGAUAACAUUAUAAAAAGGCUACUCAUGAAUGUACCUUAGAGGCUUUUAAUAGAAUACAACCUCGGAGAAAACAGAGCUAAGCGCCGCUAGCCGCUUAGGGGGAAAAAACGGUCAUUUAUUUAUGUUUAUACAAAUAUAUUUGGCACAGGAAUGGAGGACGGCUUGGCGUCGGAAGACGAUAUCUUGGUGCAAUCAGAGAAGGUCUUUCACAACGCUGCAAAAAGGAAUGACACAGGAAAGAUGCUGGAGCUUAUUAGGAAAGGGGUAGACAUCAAAGCUAAAAAUAAAGUAGACAGGAAGGCACUGCACUGGGCUGCAGGUGCUGGUGGUGAAGAUGCUUUGCGUCUGCUGCUGGAGCACGACACUGCGCUGGAUGAUGCGGACAGUUUUGGCAUGACUGCACUUCUGUUGGCAGCGUGGUUCGGUCACCUUAAAAUAUUGCAGAUUCUUGUCUCGUCUGGUGCAAAACUCAGCUGUGAAAACAAAAAAGGGCUGAAUCUUCUGCACUGUGCUGCCCAGCGAGGUCAUAUUCGUAUUCUGGAGUACAUCAUGGAGGAUCUGGAGGAUGUAGGACUUGACAAAGUUGACAAGUCAGGUAAGACAGCAUUUCAUCUGGCAGCAGAGCAUGGACAGGUGGAGGUGACGGAGUAUCUUAUCGGCAUGGGCUGUGCUCACGACCUCAAGGACAAGGAGGAGAACACUGCACUUCAUCUGGCAGCAAAACACGGCCACGUUGAGGUGCUGAAGAAGAUUCUGGAAACAGGGGAGAACAUCAAUGAGAAGAAUAUUGAUGGUCUGACUGCUUUACACUUGUCUGUGGAUGGAGGGCAUUAUGACUGUGUCCGACUGCUGCUUGAGGCUCACUGCAACGUCAAUGAACUCACAAAUAGGAAUAUGACGGCUCUUCACUUUGCAGUUCAGCAUGGCUUUGAAAGAGAGGUCAGGCUGCUUGUGGAGGCCAGAGUAAGUGUGGACUCAGUGGACACUAAUCAUACCACCGCACUACACUUGGCAGUGUUUAACAACUACCCAGAGAUUGUUAAAAUACUCAUUGAUGCAGAAUGUGACCUAGAUGUUUUUGACGAGCGGCUGCAAACAGCCCUGCAUAUAGCAGCCGAACACGGACGCCAAAUCAUAGCUGAACUGAUCCUCAUUGCUGGGGUUAACCUCAAACUUCUCGAUAAGCAGGGAAAGACAUCACUGGACAUUGCGGCCAGAAGCAAUCAUGUAAACGUGGUCGACAUGAUUAUCAAAGCAGACAGAUUUUACAAAUGGGAACAGGACAGCGUGAACUGCUCUGAAUCAUUAGUGGGAAGGAAUGUGACCUUCAGACAAGACCAUCAGCAGGAGACACAGCACAUUCGCUCCAUCUUAUGGAAGUUGGCCACCAAGCACUUGAAAGCUGGGGAGUGGAAGACACUGGCGCAGCACUGGCACUUCACAGACACACACAUCCGAGCCAUAGAACAUGAGUGGACAGGUACUAAAAGCUAUAAGGACCAUGGGCAUCGCAUGCUGCUGAUCUGGCUGCAUGGUGUGUUGAUUGCUGGAGAAAACCCCAUUAAAUGCUUGUACGAAGGGCUGAUGGGAAUCUCGAGGAUGGAUCUGGCAGAGAGUAUGCGACAGCAAGCUAAUGCAGACCCCAGCACUUCUAAGAAGUGUACAACAAUGUGAAGCAGUGUUGUCACGAAACAUACUGAAGAACUUAAGUUUACAGCAACCAAUACAAGAUGAAAUACAGUCCAGAGCUUAGUAUGCAAUAGAAUAUAAACACAGUUUUCCUCAACAACACAGUUUUGAAGGGCUACUACAAUACCAUCUGUUGAUUCUUGUGACAAAUUUCAGUUUUAUGCAAAUAGGUAGAAUACUGUGAAAUGACAAAUCCAAAUCCAUAUGAUUGGGUAAAUUCCUCAGAUGCGGGUUGUCUGAUGUUCCCCAGUUUUAUACUCCCAACUUUUAGGUCCUACUUACAUUUAUUGGUAACACUUUACUAUAACAGUGCUUGAACAAUCAUGCACCAAUCAUGAGUUAAGGCAUGUAGUAUUCACAAACUAAUGAAGAGCUAACCUUAACUACGACAUGAGUCUUAAGAAUUCAUGCAUGAAUAACGACCAUCUUAUAAAGUACAUGUCAAUGCAUGUUUGUUAGUUAAUGUAUUUAUUAACAUGUAGAGGUAAACUAAAUCAAACAUGCUCUAUAAGAAAGGAUAUGAAUUAAAUGUGCAUAAUUUCAAAAUGUUUAUAUAAUUCCCCAGAUGCAGCUGCGUACACAAACAUCACUGGACGGCGCUGAGAUUAAAUUAUUAGUGUUUAUUAUUAGUGCGUCUUCCUACGUUCGAUAAGGAGGACCAGUGUAAGUAAUGAAAGUAAUCCUGCACCAUCUAAUGAUGCUUGUGUAUGCAGCUGCAAUGGUAAAUUAUAUAAACAAUUAGAAAUGAUGCAUGUUUAAUUCAUAUUCUUCCUUAUAGAGCAUAUUUGAUUGAGUUUACCCCUAUGUAUUGAUUCAUACAUUAACUAACAAAACUAACAAUUAGUUUGUGAUUAGUACAUGCCUUCACUCAUCAUUAGUUCACAUUUAAUUAAGUAUUAAUUGAAGUAUUAGUGCAUGAUUGUUGUAAAGUGCUACCCAUUUAUUUAUUUAUUUAUUUAUUUUACAUUAGCUUUCAAAGAAACUUGGCUCAGGUUAAAGAAAACAGGAAAA